CGAUGAAGGCAGGGAAACUUCAGAGCCUCGGAAUGAUGGACGUACCUGUCUUCAUUUUGCUCAUCCACCUGACUCAAACCCACAUAAAAGCCCUGGUGACCAGUGCAGUGGAGGAAGAGGUUCGCUGCCCCCUCGGCCAAUUCCCGUGUGGUAACAUAAGUGAAUGCCUUCCUCAAAAUUUGCAGUGUGACGGACGCACAGAUUGUCCCAAUGGAGCUGAUGAGUUGCUCUGUGGUGACAACUUCGGAAUGGCAGACUUUGUCGGCAAAACAAUUCAGAACAAAACUGUGACAAGCAACACCUCCUCUGGGUGCUUCUUGCAGAAGUUUCCAGCUGGUUGUAGCUGUAUACAAACAGAUGUUACGUGCGUGAAGGUCAACCUUACAGAAGUUCCUCUCCUUUCUCCAAAUGUUACCUGGUUGUCGCUGAAGAGCAACAAGAUCCAGGUUUUGCCUGACUUUGUGUUCUCGGAGUAUUCUGCGCUAGAGAAACUGUUUCUCCAGAACAACAGCCUCCAGUUCAUCUCUAAACAUGCCUUCAGUGGUCUGUUCAGUUUGAAAAAGUUGUUUCUCAGUGAAAAUGUAAUAGUCUCCCUUAGUUCUGGUGUGUUCCGGGAUCUGAAACAGUUAGAGUGGCUGAUGUUGGAUCAUAAUCCACUCAACAGCUUAUCCCAUGAGACCUUUCUUGGGCUCCAUUCCCUCGUGUUUCUGUCCAUGGUGCACACCUCGCUGCUGCAGCUCCAUCCAAGCUUCUGUCAACACAUGCCUGCCUUGCACUUGCUGGAUGUUGGUGGAAACCAGAUUCAAACUCUCAACUACUCUAUCUUAAAGACAUGCAGCAAGCUUGAAGUCCUAGUACUGGAGGACAACAUGAUCAGAGAGGUUCCUGAGAGCACUUUCCAGUCUCUGUGGAAGCUGGCUGAUCUGAAUCUGUCCAGCAACAGGAUCAAGAAGCUGCCAAAGAACACAUUUAGGAGCCUUUCCAAAACCCUUGUGAAAUUAAAUAUAUCGUACAAUCCUCUUCAAAUUCAUCCGAGCCACGUCAGCCACCUGACACGUCUUCAGUCUCUGUCUGUGGAAGGUAUUGAAAUCCCAGAUAUUCAGACAAAGAUGUUUCAUCAGAUGAAGAACCUCUCCCACAUCUACUUUAAGAAGUUCCAGUACUGCUCCUACGCACCUCAUGUCAGGUCCUGCAAGCCCAACACAGAUGGCAUCUCAUCCUUCGAGGACCUUCUGGCGAACAUGGUGCUGCGGGUGUCUGUGUGGGUCAUGGCCUUCUUCACUUGCUUUGGAAACCUUUUAGUCAUCGGCAUGAGAUCACUGAUUCGUGCGGAGAACAACCUGCAUGCUGCCUGUAUCAAAGUCCUUUGCUGUGCAGACUGCCUCAUGGGUGUGUACCUGUUCUUUGUCGGGGUGUACGAUGUGAAGUUCCGCGGGCAGUACAAUCAAAACGCCCUGAUCUGGAUGGAGAGCGUGGAAUGUCGCACCAUUGGAUUUCUGGCCAUGCUCUCUUCUGAGGUGUCUGUUCUCCUCUUGACAUAUCUGACCCUAGAGAAGUUCCUGGUCAUUGUCUUCCCCUUCAGCAACCUCCGCCCAGGCAAGCUUCAGACAGGAGUGAUCCUGUCUUCUCUGUGGCUGAUGGGGUUCAUCAUUGCCGCCGUGCCGCUCAUGAACGAGGACAUCUUUGGGAAUUACUACGGGCGCAACGGGGUCUGCUUCCCCUUGCACUCUGACAGGGGAGAAAAACCUACUGCCAAAGGGUACUCCACAGGAAUCUUUCUGGGUCUAAACCUGGUGGCGUUCCUGGUGAUCGUCAUCUCCUACUCCAGCAUGUUCUUCUCCAUCUAUAAAACUGGAAUCAACGCCACAGACGUGAGGAGCAGACUGCACAGAGAUGUGGCGGUGGCCAACAGGUUUUUCUUCAUCGUGUUCUCUGACGCCCUCUGCUGGAUCCCUAUAUUCUUAGUAAAAGUUCUCUCCCUUCUGGAAGUGGAAAUACCUGUCACAAUCUCCAGCUGGGUUGUCAUUUUCAUCCUUCCGAUCAACAGUGCCUUGAACCCCAUCCUGUACACGCUCACCACCAGCUUCUUCAGAGAGCAGGUGGAGGUUUUACUCUGCCGCUGGCAGAGGAGACACACCUUGAAGAAAGACCGUAAAAGCCUCACCUCCUCCACGAUCUUUAUGGAGACGACACGAGCGCCUUACUGCCAGGCGCCAGCCUACCUCCAGCAGUUGUCUCUGAUUGAUGCAGACCCUCGAUACGCCUGA